CAGCUGACAGGGUGCAUGUCGCAUCGAAGACCGGAAGUUGUCAAAGCUGCACUUUAACCGAUUACCACAAUUGCAUAAAAGUUCGAUUUUUUUUUUCUGUUAGAAUUCUAUGGCCUCACCUUGUGGUCGAUGUUCAUCACUAAAACAGUGGUGGAAUUCCAAUUAGCCUUAGUUUUAGCUCUUUAAAUAAAAUUAAAAUUCAACAAACUAUUGUAGUUUUGAGUUCGAGUCGUCUGAGCUGACAUGUAAACAUGUGAAGAACUUUAUAAAUAAAACACAAAGUGUAGUUGGUUUACUUAAUGUUGUGGUAAAAACACUGAAGUGCCUCUGUAGAGAAUGUAAACAAAAACACUCGUUCUGAUAGCAGCAGUUUUAUCUUUCAGGACCACGUGCACUGUUAACAGCCUCAUGAAGAACUGUACAUAUAGUUCUGCCUGUUGCAGUCUGCUUUAAAAAUAAACGAAAAGAAAAAUAAUUCAAAUCAAAGACGUCGUAGUGGAAGAGAAACGAGAAGUGUUUUCAUUUAGUUCCCUUUUUUCGUCGAGUCACAAAACCGUUACGUUCAAACUCCUGCAGUGUGAUAUAGAAUGUGUUGGUUUAAAAUAAAUAAAUAAAAAGUCACGGGUGAAGUUUCGUCUCUCAUCUUUACGCGAGGUGCACUUGUUUUGGAAUAUGAUUGGCUAAGGACACAGCGGAGUCCCCGCCUCUGAGUGGAGUCUACUCCUGAUUGGCCGCCACCGUCGCCUGUCUCGGGGACCUCGGAGCUGGCCCGUCAGCUUGCCCGAGGUCUCCUCAGUUUCAGACACGUCGUGGGAACGAGCAGGUCCCGCAGCAGCAGCCGCGGCCAACCCCCCGGCGGAGAUGAAGGCGGACUCCGACUGCCUCUGAUUUUUAACUCCUCUCUUCAUUCAGGAGCUCCUUCUCCACUGGUUAUCAAUAUGGCAGUGCCGUUACCCCCAGCGUCCACUGCUUCAAAAAUGGCGUCACUGAACCGGGUCCGAGCUCUGGCGUUGAUUUUCUUGACUGUCACUGGCUGCUGCGUCGCUCCGACCAGCGGCAAGGAAGGGUCCGAGGAGACUGUCAUCAUCGGACUGCGACUGGAAGACACGGACGACAUUUCCUUCAUGGACAGGGGCUACCUGCGGGUAAGUGAGCGCUCUCGGGUGAAGCUGAGGGUGUACGGACAGAACAUCAACAACGAGACCUGGUCCAAAAUCGCCUUCACGGAACACGAGCGGAGCCGCAGCAUUGACAGCUCGUCCGGGGAGAACGAGAGCGAGGAGGAGACGUCUGGCUUGCAUCCCUGCGGCAUCAGGACUUCGGAUAUAAUUAUUUUACCCAACAUCAUCCUGAACCGAAAAACGUCAGGAAUAGUUGAAAUCGAGGUGAAACCUCUGCGGAAAACGGAGAGGAGUAAAGCCUACUACCUCUGCAUCGCCACUGCCACACCGGCCGCGGCCGGGAUGCACGACCCGUGGACGGAGAACACUUGGAUCUACCACGAUGGGGAUGACACCAAAGUGAUUGUGGUGGAGGAGAAAAAGUUCCUGCUGCCUUUCUGGCUGCAGGUCAUCUUCAUCUCCAUGCUGCUCUGCCUGUCGGGCAUGUUCAGUGGCUUAAACCUGGGGCUCAUGGCCCUGGACCCCAUGGAGCUCCAGAUAGUCCAGAACUGCGGCACGGAGAAGGAGAAGAAUUACGCCAAAAAGAUUGAGCCGGUGCGGAGCCAGGGGAAUUACUUGCUCUGUUCGCUCCUGCUCGGUAACGUGCUGGUGAACACCACGCUCACCAUCCUGCUGGAUGACAUCGCGGGUUCGGGCUUGAUCGCCGUGGUCAUGUCCACUAUUGGAAUAGUCAUUUUCGGGGAGAUUGUACCCCAGGCCAUCUGCUCCAGACACGGCCUGGCUGUCGGUGCCAACACCAUCCUCCUCACCAAGUUCUUCAUGCUGCUCACCUUCCCUGCGUCCUACCCGGUGAGUAAGCUGCUGGACUACCUGCUGGGACAGGAGAUAGGAACCGUGUAUAACCGGGAGAAGCUUCUGGAGAUGCUGCGCGUUACGGAUCCGUACAACGACCUGGUGAAAGAGGAGCUGAACAUCAUUCAGGGCGCUCUGGAGCUCAGGACUAAGACGGUGGAGGACGUAAUGACGCCGCUCAGAGAUUGCUUCAUGAUCCCGGGAGACGCCACCCUCGACUUUAACACCAUGUCUGAAAUUAUGAAGAGCGGCUACACGCGCAUCCCUGUCUUUGAGGGAGAACGGUCUAACAUAGUGGACCUGCUCUUCGUGAAGGACCUGGCCUUUGUGGAUCCGGACGACUGCACGCCGCUCAAAACCAUCACUCGGUUUUACAGCCACCCGCUGCACUUUGUGUUCAACGACACCAAGUUGGAUGCCAUGUUGGAGGAGUUCAAAAAAGGAAAAUCCCACUUAGCCAUCGUCCAGAGAGUCAACAAUGAGGGUGAAGGAGACCCUUUCUACGAGGUCCUGGGCAUCGUCACUCUGGAGGAUAUCAUCGAAGAAAUCAUCAAGUCGGAGAUCUUAGACGAGACAGACUUGUACACUGACAACAAGACGAAGAAGAAAAUCACCCAUCGGGAAAGGAAGCAGGAUUUCUCGGCCUUCAAGCCCACGGACAAUGAAAUGAAGGUUAAAAUAUCACCUCAGCUUCUGCUGGCUACCCUGCGUUUCCUAGCAACAGAGGUUGAGCCUUUUGCACCGGUGCAAAUGUCAGAGAAGAUCCUGCUGCGCCUGUUGAAGCAUCCAAACGUCAUCCAGGAGCUGAAAUAUGACGAGAAGAACAAGAGGGCGACAGAGCACUACCUCUUCCACAGGAACAAGCCCGUGGAUUAUUUCAUCCUCAUUCUGCAGGGGAAAGUGGAGGUGGAGGCAGGAAAAGAGGGGAUAAAGUUUGAAGCUGGACCAUUUUCCUUCUAUGGGAUGAUGUCUCUGACAACGUCACCUGUCCCUCUGUCCCUGUCUCGAACCUUUGUGGUCAGCAGAGCUGAAUCAUUAGCAGGAUCUCCAGAAAAUAAAUCUCCUCCCCGGCCGUUUGGACUCAACCACUCAGACUCACUCAACAGGAGCGAUCGUAUCGACGCCAUCACCCCGACACUGGGCAGCAGCAACAACCAGCUAAACUCAUUCCUGCAGAUCUACAUACCUGACUACUCAGUCAGAGCGCGAUCAGACCUGCAGUUCAUAAAGGUAACACGUCAACAGUACCAGAACGCCGUUAUGGCUUCACGGAUGGACAAAACGCCACAGUCCACAGAGAGUGAGUUCACUAAGAUCGAGCUCACACUGACAGAGCUCCACGACGGAGUGGAGCCUCCACCCGUCGUCCCCACCACAGCCAGCACAACAAGCUCCUCCCCCAACCCUGUGUCCAUAGCUGUGGCUAACGAGACGUCCCACCUGCUCACGCCGCAGCAGAACUGUGUGAGCCUCAGCAGAAGCAACCACAGCGCUCAUAACGAGGGACCUGUUUAGCCUCCGGUGGAGACGCAGACAC